UUCCUCGUCAGUCUGAUGGGAUAAAAACGACGAUGUUUUUUCGUAGAAGACGAAGAUGACGAUGACAUAAACGUCUUCCGGUGCUUCCGACUUUGUCCGGUAUUAAAACAACAUACAGUGAACGCUCGCGGACUGUCAGGCAGAGUCUCAAACCUUUCCAACCGAAGUACUGUACAUGAUUGUAGAGCUGCGAAAAUGAAUGUUGUUAUAGUGAAGGUCGUGUGCAUUGUGGGUUUGUUCUUUCUGACAAUAUUCUUCACCGCCUUGCCAAUUCGUUUGACCUCAUGGUCAACGGGCGGUGGACGAUGGAGGCGAGCCUCAACAAGUCUUGCUAGUUGCUUGUCGGGAGGUAUAUUCCUGGGAGUGGCGCUCCUCCACCUGAUACCUGAUGUUCGGGAGAUGUUCGACUUCGUACUGUGUGAGAAAGACCUUGAUAUCGACUACCCCCUCACGGAGCUGACUGUCGCUGGUGGAUUUUUGCUCAUUCUCGUGUUUGAACAGCUGGUGCUGUUAUUUCAUCAGCGCAGGUCAACAUCUGAGUGCAAAGUAGCGAACAUUCCGCCUCAUGGAUGCGACCGAGAGAUCAAUAAUUGUGACAACUGCCUGGAAGAGAACGAGCAGGACUUGAAACGGGCGACGCUUACUUCAACGUGCGUCCCACCGACGUGUAACAAUGGACAACAUCCUGAGUCAAGAAAUGAUUGUGAAGCCGCCAUCAGGCCAUCCACAAACGGUACACCUUACACUGACCUAUCCCGAUCUACCAGUACAUCCACACCAGAAGACAACCCAGCUGGAAAAGCCGCCACAGAAACACUUGGGUCGCUUGUGCUGCUCGCUGCUCUAUCCCUGCAUACGCUGUUCGAGGGCCUUGCUCUUGGCCUGCAAAGUGACACUGACGGUGUUAUCGAGAUCUUCAUUGCCAUUCUGCUGCACAAAUGUGUGCUGGCAUUCGCUCUUGGCAUACGCAUGGUCAAGUUGAAGGCUACCACAAGAAGAAUCCUGCUGGCUGCAUUGCUUUUUGCAGGCAUGAGUCCUAUCGGUGGGGCGAUUGGUAUCGCUGUCGAAGCCAAUGCAACCAAUGAAGUUGACCGCCAGCUUGUUACAGCGUGCCUGCAAGGAAUUGCCACCGGAACGUUCCUGUUCGUUACUUUCCUGGAAAUCAUUUCCCCCGAGAUUCAAGGAAAGCACUCGCCGGGCGAAUCUGAUAUCCAUGUGAUGCGCUUGGCACUGAUCGUGUUCGGCUUCGCCAUCAUCGCUCUGGUUAGUUUGCACCAUGAGCCUCACCAUGGCCAUGCUGGGGAGGAGUGUGGUCACGGCCACGGUCUGCUCAACAUGGCUCUCAAUCAAACUGGUCUUAUGGAUGAUCAUGAUAUGGAUCAUAGCCAUGACGACCACCACGAUGAUCAUCAUGAAUAGAUUACUUCACCCACAACUGUGCCAUAAUCAUUUGCGCUCAAUUCUGCAGUGUCUCCCUAGUGAGUAUUAGUGAGUCGAUUUUCGAAUUCCGGCUUUCACGUGAUACAUGUACAUGUACAUGUAUCACGUGAUACAUGUACAUGUACACGUGCGUUCACUGAAUUGUUUAUACUAGUAGUAGCCCAGUAGAGCUGAAUGAUGAAGCCAUCGUGGAUGUUUACCUUCUGACUAGUCCUUUGUGCGGAACACUACUCCAUUUUCCAUGCUACAUUAUGUCCACUUCGUUACUAGUCGUCACACUAAAAUGUCUCCACGUCGCCUAUUUAUAAGAUUGUUAGGAAUGAGCGAUAACAGAUGAGUAAGUAAUAGCAUACAAUCACAUGACAUGUAAUGGUUUCAGUCCUCAUCUAUACAUUUAGGAAGACAAUUUGUUUUCUCGAAAUAGCACAUGAUCUGCAUUAUUGUUUAGGACUGGAUGAAUCAUUUAGACUUUCAUCACAUUUCUCGUUUCUCUGUUUGCACCAUUUUUUCAUGCUUGCCAACUCAGAGCACUUACAAAAAUGUCCUCAUCAGUC